AUGCUGUGAAAGGAGGAGGAGGGUCCUGUCCGCCGGCAGCAGCAGCAGCAGCAGCAGCAGCGCACAGAGCUCCUCUCCAUCCCAUGUGUUUGGAAAAAAAAGAAAGAUGGGCUCGGAUCCAGACAUGUGCUGCUAGGAAAGACCUCUGAUUAGCUUUGUGUAGUUUUUAAUAACCUCGUCUGAGAAGAAAAAAGCGGAAGAGGGACUAUUAAAUCACUCUUUUUUUUUUUUUUUUUUACCGACAAUGCUACCCUGCUCAUCAUCGGCGCAGAUGGAGGGAUGCGAGGAGGAGAGGGACGCGCACAUGGAGAGUGAAUGCAACAGACUGACGGAGGAGAGAGACGAGGCCGAGAGACAGCUCAAACACAUCAAGAGAGUGUCUCAGAUGGUGAUUGAGGAGGUGAGCGUUCUGCAGACUCAGCUGGAGAUCGAGAAGUCCUGCCGUGAGAAUGCAGAGGCCCUGGCCACAAAGCUGAACUGUGAGAACAGGAAGUUGAAGUACCUGAGCAUGUCGUCUCGCCCGUGUUUGGACGAGCUGCUCCCCAGCAUCUCAGACUGCAUCGCUCUGGAGGCCGACUCAGACGCAGACGCGGCAGACGGAAGCCCAGACAACUUCACCCAGUACCACCAGCAGGUUAAAGAGCUGAGGGAAACGGUGAACAGCUUGUUGGAGGAGAAGAAGAACUUUGUCUGUCAGGUUCAUGAACAGCAGAAACGGAUAGAAGAGCUGACGACUCAGUCAGAGAAAGAUCAGGCCGAGAUGAAGGAGCUUCGGGAAACUGUUGAGCAGCAUAGUAAAACCAUCAAGAGAUUCAACAGAGUGUCUGUGAUGGCGACUCAGGAGUACGACGGGAUGAAGGAGCAGCUCGACUUGGAGCAGAGCCUCCGAGUGAAGGCCGAGACGUACGCACACGAGAUGCUGGUGAAGCAGAAGGAGGCCAACAGGCAGAGCAUGCUCCUGCUGCAGAGUGCUGAGCCCAGCAUUCAGCUGCUGAAAGCUCUGGAGGACGUCGCUGCCGUCACUAAAACCCUGGAGGAGGAGCGUCUGCAGCAUCAGCAGAAGGUGGAGAGCCUGCAGGCCCAGCUUGAGCAGAGCUGUGUGACGAAGCAGCUGGAGGCUCUGCAGAGACAGCUGGAGCUGCUAGAGGAGGAGAAGAAGGAAGUGGAGGGACGACUGGAGCAGACAGAGAAGAAGAACGAGGAGCUGCAGAAGAGAGUCCACGAGCUCCAGGAGGAGACCCAGAAACAUGUCCCGAUGACGACCGUCACAGGACCCCCUCCCCCCGAACCUGGGGUCGCCCCGCCUCCUGCCCCGCCCCCACAGCCUCCCCCUCCCCCUCCUCCACCUCCUCCACCCCCUCCUCCUCCUCCCCCCUCGAGAUGCAACCCCCUCAGCUCUCUGAUCGCCAUCAUGAGGAAGUCAUCAAAAGGCUCCAAAACUGCUGUGAAGGCCGAGCAGCCUGCAGCUGGCGAGGGUGUGGACGACGUGAAGUCGAAGGCGGUGAAUGAAAUGAUGGAAAGGAUCAAACAUGGCGUCGUCCUGCGGCCGGUCAAGAGUCAGGAUAGCAAGAGAGUAGCAGUAAAACCGCCUCCAGUCGUUGAGGAGAAGCCUCAGCAGCAGCCGCAGCAGCCGCAGCAGCCGCAGCAGCCGCAGCAGCCGCAGCCGCAGGAGAGCGCCAUGGAGGAACUGAAAGGCAUCUUGGAGACGGUGAAGCGGAGCCCCAGCCGAGGCUCUCAGGAGUCGGGGCCGUCGCCAUCGGGGAAGAAGGACAGCGAGCUGGAGGUCAUCCUGAGACGUAGACGCAACAAGGCGGGAGAAUCUGGCUCAGGAGAUGAGCGGGAGGGCCAGAUGAGCCACGUCUCCUCCUUGGACAGCCUGAACGGGAGGCGCACCAGCAGCGACUCAGGCAAAGACCCGGAAGUACCGAGGGUCGGCUCAGAGAGACGGGGGUCAGGACCCGGGCCCAUCGUGGCCAGGAGGAAGAGCUCAGACACAGGCAAAGAGCCCAGGGUGGGCUCCUGGCAGGAGAGGAGGUCCUGCAGCUCGCUGUCAGAGAAAGAGACUGCAGAGUCUCCGGUCAGCAACGGCUGCAUCAAAAGUGUCGGGGGGGACGAUCAAAACGUCACUGAGAGGUGUGUCCAGUCGAAUGGAGUCGAGCACACUGGAGCCGGAGAGGUCGCACACACCGCUGUCUGCGAUGGCCCCGUCAACGGCAGCACAGACGCAGAGUGCUAAGAAGGACUCUGAGGAUCCCGGGCUUGGUUCUGUAAUCUGGUGCAUUUGAUUGGCUGGAGAGACAGUGAUGUCAUCCAAAACACACGCUCUGAUCAGAAGGUUUAGGGUGCGAUCACACAUUGGCCCUUUGAUUUAUUGACUUUUUAAUGUUGUGUUUUCUACAUUUGAAUUUAAAAUAUAGGGUUAGGGUCUGUGACAUCACAAGACUAACAUGUAGCUAACUUAUUGAACAUUGUUUUAGCCUCAAGUAUUUGUGGUUCAAACAUGCUGUGUGUGAACACACUCUAACCUGUAAGCCAUUGGAGAAACCCUGACACCUGGAACAGGAUGUAUCCCUCACUUGUUAGUAGUUGAGAGAUAAUAUCCUGGGGAUUGUAAAGUCUGAUAGAUAUGUUGCGCAUUAUGUACAGAAGCUGUUGUCCUCGUCGCCGAGGCUGUGGGUUCAAAUCCGACCUCGGCCCCUUGCUGCAUGACAUCCUCCCACUCUCUCGCCUCCCAACAUUUCCUGUCUCUCUUUAGCUGUCCUAUCAAAAUAAAGGCAUAAUAGGCUAAAAAAA